GGCAGAAAGCGGAGCGCAGGCACCAAACCUGUCGGACAAACCCUAAAUCCCCUUGGCGGCCGAGCUCCGUGCGGCCCCACUGUUCUCAAAAUUUCGCGGGCCCUACUUAACGAUCGACCAACGCCUUUUUUUCUCUUCUGCUCGUACUUCGACAUCGAAUUCUGGCAUCGUCGCAGAUCGACCACCGGCACCAUGUCUACUUCCGUCCCCACCAAGAACGAUGUCCUGGUCCCUGAGACCCUCCUGAAGAAGCGCAAGUCUCAGGAGAAGGCCCGCGCUGAGCGCCAGGCCGAGAUCGAGAAGAAGAAGGCUGCCAACAAGGAGAAGCGUGGCGUCAUCUUCAAGCGCGCUGAGACCUACGUCAAGGAGUACCGCGACGUCGAGCGCGAGAAGGUCCGCCUUCACCGCGCCGCCAAGCAGGAUGGCUCUUUCCACAUUCCCGCUGAGGCCAAGCUCAUCUUCUUGAUCCGCAUCAAGGGUAUCAACAAGAUCCCCCCCAAGCCCCGCAAGAUCCUCCAGCUCCUCCGUCUUCUCCAGAUCAACAACGGUGUCUUCGUCCGCGUUACCAAGGCCACCGCUGAGAUGAUCAAGAUCGUCGAGCCCUGGGUUGCCUACGGUUACCCCAACCUCAAGUCCGUCAAGGAGCUCAUCUACAAGCGCGGAUACGGCAAGGUCAACAAGCAGCGCGUUGCCCUCACCGACAACUCCAUCAUUGAGGAGAACCUCGGCAAGUACGGCAUCAUCUGCAUGGAGGAUCUCAUCCACGAAAUCUACACCGUCGGCCCCAACUUCAAGCAGGCCUCCAACUUCCUCUGGCCCUUCAAGCUCUCCAACCCCACUGGUGGCUUCCGCACCCGCAAGUUCAAGCACUUCAUUGAGGGCGGUGACCUCGGCAACCGUGAGGAGCACAUCAACGCUCUCAUCAGACAGAUGAACUAAAUGCAAUUGGGGUUUCGUUGAGAUAAUACGAACCUUGUCUUGGUCGUUACGGAUGCAUGGUGCUCGGCGUUAAUUGGGAAGCCAUAAAGGCCGGAUGG